AUGGAAACACUCCAGCUGGAAUCGCUCUCUAUUUGGAGUGCGCCGCAGUCAAUGGCUUCAGCUGCAUUAUCCAUACCGGAAAUUCUGUCAUGCAUGCUCAAUAUGUUAGGACAGGAUCGCAAAAGUCUACGGUCGGCGGCCUGUGUCAACCAGGUAUGGUUCCACGAAGCGACACGAUUGCUCUGGGCUAAGUCAGAUACAAGAGCAUUAAUGACUGUCGUACCCCCACGUCGCACGCUAUACGCUUCCAAGAUCUGCGACCUCAAGCUCGAGUCCGACUCUGAUCGGUACAAUACCGAUCUUGACCUUGACUUCGAGCUGCUUCGCGUUCUACGGUUUGACAAUCUUCCACUGCCUCGAGAUUCUAACCUCGCGCCAUAUAUACAGCCAACUUUGGAAGAGGUCCACUUCAAAGACUGGCCACCUACUACGUUCUUGGAAGGUCUCAAUAAACACUGCCCACGACUUCGAGGCUUUUCCCAGAUGUCUCUAAGAUCCAACGGACGACCUGGUCUUGCUGAGUUCUUUACCGCGAAUAAGACAUUACGAAGCGUACGGCUCACGCUUUAUCCUCAAGAUGAGGACGAAGUUCUCGCAGCGACUGUAGCUCUGAGCAAGAUCAUCAGUCUUGAGGACCUCACGCUCUAUGGCGAGAUAUCUCUAGACACAAUGGAACGGCUUCAAAGAUCGCCAUUUGCAUCAGUACGCAAGCUCAGAAUUCAUAUCGGACUUCCAGCUUUGCCGUUGUUGUCCACAACAUUCAGCGCGAUGACCCGCCUUUCACUCGAGCUUCUGAUAGAUAGUGAUGUCCACGCACUCGAUGCACUUGUUGGUUUGCCACUAGUAGUUCUCCAGCUCCAAGUUGCUACUGGUGUCAAAUUAUCGCCGCAAGAACUUCUAGUCUUACGCAAUGCAAAGGAUCUGCAAACUCUCUCGAUAAGCCCUAAACCUUUUCCACAAAGAGAAACAAUGCCGAGAUGGGAGAUCUCAAACGACCAGUUCAAACAAAUCUUCGCGAAUCUGUCAAAGUUGGAUUCACUGCUGAUCUGGUACGCUCUGGAUAUUCCUAGUCCAACAUCCGCCUUGAGAGAUCUCGGACGGUCCUGUCCAAUGCUUGAGAAUCUGCGCUUGUACUGCCCUAUUGAUAUAACAGCCUGGUGGGAUAUACCCAAGCCGCUUUUUCCGAGGCUCAAAUUCGCAUGGGUCUCCUCGGUCAGCGAUCGAAACCUGCUGGGCGAAGUAAAUGAGACUACUGCUCAGCUUAUGGCUGAAAUUCUCGACAGACAUGCUCCGAAUCUGGAUAGAUUUGUGGCACUUGAUCGUUACGGCUUUCGUCCCACAGAUGGCGAUUACGAUCAGCUCUCACGAUUGACGAUGAGAGCACACGGACGAAUCAAGGAGACUGGACAGACAAGACACGCGAGAGAAGAGAAUCGUGGAUUGGCAACCCGAUGA